AUGGCCGCUGAUGACAGGGCUCUCCGGCUCCGCAAACUCCAUGUUCCUGGCACUCCUCUCGUCCUUGCAAACAUUUAUGACCCCUCAACAGCAGAAUUUGUUGCCUCGAAUCCUUCAUGUCCGGCUCUAGCAACGGCAAGCUACGCCAUCGCAAAGGUUCAUGGCCUCGAAGAUGAUGCCCUGGAUCUGGACACAAACUUGGCUGCCGCGAGGCGUAUUAUCCCAGUUGCGAUUCGGCACAACAAACCUAUCACGAUCGACCUACAAGAUGGUUAUGGGGACCAACUUGAGAAGGCCGUUGAAGCCAUCGUUGAGGCCGGUGCUUCUGGGUGUAAUCUCGAGGAUCACGACAACGAGACAGGUCAGCUUUUCCCAUUUGACGUAGCCCUGGAUCGUGUGCGUCGAGUGUUGGCUGCAGCAUCGAAAGCGGGCAUUCCAAAUUUCGCGCUGAAUGCCCGCACUGAUGCCAUUCUGUUGAACAACGAUGUCGACGAAGCAAUUCGGCGGGGAAAAGCGUUCUUGGAUGCUGGCGCUACGACAGUGUUCGUCUGGGGAGGCCAGAAACGUGGUGGAUUGACUCGGGAUGAGGUAGUCAGGAUUUCGAAAGACCUGGGCGGGCGUAUUAAUGUAAUUGCUUGGCCGAAUGGAUUGAGUGUUCAGGAGUUGGCAGAUAUUGGUGUGGCAAGGAUUAGUGUUGGGCCGCGGUUAUGGAGAAGUGCAAAUGCUGGGUUUGAAAAAGCUGCGACCGACUUGCUUACUGAAUAUGAGGCCAUGAAGGAGACGCGGAAGUAG